GAGGAGAGCUCAGGACCUGCACAUCCCUCUUACACCAUCCCAACCUGCCGUCUUCAUGCCAGGUGACAGGGUCCCCCAAAUUCUGGGUAGGCCCAGCUAUGGCUCCAUCUCCAGCUUGCCUAGCCCGGAGCCCCAGAAAGUUCAUCUUGAAAAUGCCUGCCUGAAUGAGAAGGUCCCCAUCCCGGAUGUGGAACCGGGCACCUUUAGCCUUCGAAAACUGUGGGCCUUCACCGGGCCGGGCUUCCUCAUGAGCAUCGCUUUCCUGGACCCUGGGAACAUCGAGUCAGACCUUCAGGCUGGCGCUGUGGCUGGAUUCAAACUGCUCUGGGUACUGCUCUGGGCCACCGUGCUGGGUUUACUCUGCCAGAGACUGGCCGCUCGGCUGGGUGUGGUGACAGGCAAAGACUUGAGCGAGAUCUGCCAUCUCUACUACCCCAAGGUACCACGUAUUCUGCUCUGGCUGACCAUUGAGCUGGCCAUUGUUGGCUCGGACAUGCAGGAGGUCAUUGGCACGGCCAUCGCAAUCAAUCUGCUCUCUGCUAGAUGGAUCCCACUGUGGGGUGGGGUGCUUAUCACCGUGGUAGACACCUUCUUCUUCCUCUUCCUAGAUAACUAUGGGCUGCGGAAGCUGGAAGCCUUUUUUGGAUUCCUUAUUACCAUUAUGGCCUUGACCUUCGGCUAUGAGUACGUGGUAGCUAGACCAUCUCAAGUGGCUCUUCUUAAGGGCCUGUUCCUGCCCUCGUGCCCAGGUUGUGGCCAGUCGGAGCUGCUGCAGGCUGUGGGCAUUGUUGGUGCCAUCAUCAUGCCCCACAACAUCUACCUGCACUCGGCUCUGGUCAAGUCUCGAGAUAUUGACCGGACUCAUCGGGGGGACAUUCGCGAAGCCAACAUGUACUUCCUCAUUGAGGCCACCAUCGCUCUGUUUGUCUCCUUCUUCAUCAACCUCUUUGUAAUGGCUGUCUUUGGUCAGGCCUUCUACCAGCAAACCAACCAGGCUGCGUUCAACGUCUGUGCCAACAGUAGCCUCCAUGACUAUGCCAUGAUCUUCCCCAAGAAUAACCUGACCGUGGCGGUGGACAUUUAUCAGGGGGGCGUCAUCCUGGGCUGCCUCUUUGGCCCCAUUGCCCUCUACAUCUGGGCGGUGGGUCUCCUGGCAGCGGGGCAGAGCUCUACCAUGACCGGUACCUACGCGGGACAGUUCGUGAUGGAGGGCUUCCUGAAGCUGCGCUGGUCUCGAUUUGCUCGCAUGCUCCUCACACGCUCCUGCGCCAUCCUCCCCACCGUCCUGGUGGCCGUGUUCAGGGACCUCCGAGACUUGUCCGGCCUCAACGACCUGCUCAACGUGCUGCAGAGUCUGCUGCUUCCCUUUGCAGUGCUGCCUAUCCUGACCUUCACUAGCAUGCCCGCCCUUAUGCGGGAGUUUGCCAACGGCCUGCUGAGCAAAGCUGUGACUUCCAUCAUCAUGGUCCUUGUCUCUGCCAUGAACUUCUACUUCCUGGCCACCUUUCUGCAGAAGUUGCCCCACCGUGCUUACUUGGGCCUACUAGCAUUGCCAGCAGUGGCCUACCUGAGCCUCACCGCCUACCUGAUCUGGACCUGUUGCAUCGCCCACGGAACCACCAUGCUGGCUCACAGCUCCCACAAGCACUUCCUGUAUGGGCUUCCGGAAGAGGGGAGUAAGAAAGGGGAGACCACUGGAUGAGAUUAUGUGGCUGAGCUGCA